AUGAUAAACAGAAAGAGAUCAGAGAGCUGCAAUCAAGAUUUUUUUGAAAAGUCGAAUCAGAUAUCAAUCGAAGAAACAAGAAGUUUACCAUCGAAGAAAAAUGGCAAUUACGAUUUGAAAUUUCUCCAAUCUCCAUUAAGCCAUCUCAGUUCCUCACAUGCUCAUGAAAACUAUAGCUGCGAGGAAAUUGUAUUUGCAAGGGGAACUUCCACUAAACAAAAAAGAAAUUAUUUCAAACGGGUUGUGGAUUCAUUUAAAAGAUGUGAGAACCACGAUUCUAUAACUGGAAACUCAGAGUUAGGGCACGAAAUAAGUGGUUUCUCUGUUCAAUGUAUAGCUAUAGGCGGUGCGGUGGGUACAGGGCUCCUUAUAGGAUCAGGAAAAUCUUUAACGGCGGGCCCCGGUUCUCUUUUACUAGCCUACCUUCUCAUUUCAUCUUUCAUAUACUGCAUGUGCCAGUCAUUGGGUGAACUAAGUGUCUGCAUGCCAAUAAAAGGGGGUUUCACAAACUACUCUUCUAAAUUUGUCGAUCGAAGCUGGGGUUUUGCCAUGGCAUGGAACUACUGUUUUCAAUGGAUGAUUUUACUUCCUAUGGAAUUAGUAGCUGCUACGAUGACAUUCAAAUUUUGGCCAAGUGUAUCAGCAAAGAUUUCAGACAUUACCAUUAUAAGCUUAUUCUUUAUUGGAAUUAUUUGUAUGAAUCUUUUGAGUGUAAAAUACUAUGGAUUUGCUGAAAUUGUGUUCGCAUUAAUCAAAAUUGCAGCAAUAGCCUUGUUCGCAAUUCUCGCUGUUUUAGUUGAUUGUGGAGUAUUUGGAAACCCUAUUGGUUUUUCAUAUUGGAAAGAUCCCGGUAUGUUUUCUCCCAGUGGAUUUUAUGGCUUUGUGAAUUGCGUAAUUACUGCCGCGUUCUCUUUUGCUGGAAGUGAAUUAGUAGGAUUAGCGGCAGCAGAAUCAAAAAACCCAGAGAAAAUGAUUCCUAAAGCUAUCAGGCAAGUUUUUUGGAGAAUCGGAGGUUUUUACAUGAUAUCUCUAUUUGUUAUAUCCUUGGUUGUACCAUAUAACCAUCCCAGUUUAGUGGGCUCUGGAGAUUCUAACGUAAAUGCUUCACCCUUUGUGUUGGCUCUUGCGAAUAUCAAAAAUUCAUCGAUUUUCGCAACCAUUAUGAACAUUGUCAUUUUAGCAUCAAUCCUUUCAGUUGGAAACAGCUCAAUUUAUGCAUCAUCUAGAACUUUGAUAGCUCUUUCAGAGAAUAAGCAGGCUCCAAAAGUUUUCGGUUAUAUUGACAGGAAAAGAAGACCAAUAAUUGCGACUAUAACUUCUAUGGCGUUUGGGUUACUUGCUUAUGUUUCAGUCCUCUGGCCUAGAGGUUCAGAGACGAUGUUUUUAUGGCUCAUGUCAAUGUCUGGAAUAUCUGUCAUUCUUUCAUAUGCUACGAUCUGUGUCUGUCACCUUAGGUUUCGGAUGACAUUGAAGCAUAAUAAAAUUUUGGUUGAAAAAGCUUUGCAAUACAGGGCCCAGACAGGUACUUUGGGGUCUUGGUAUGGAGUGACAUUGAGUCUUCUUGUUGUUGCGGCACAAAUAUUAGUAGCGAUUAUGCAAGACGGGUUAGGGUUUUCCCUAGAAGCAUUUUUUCAACAAACCUUAGGCAUAUUCAUUAUACUUAUAUCUUACGUUGGUCACAAAAUUUACAGAUAUUUCAAAUUUAAAGAGACAUCUUUGCUUGAAAGUAUUGGGAAAAUAGAUUUGGAGGGAACUACAUUUACAACUGACUACAGAAUUCCUGAUAAAACUGAAAAUUGUGAGAAAAUUAUUCCUCCUUCAACAAAUCAAGAACCGUAA